AUGAAGGAGUUUAGGAUGUGUUUCAAGACUUACGCAGUGAAACAUGAGUUUGAUGCCAAGACUGUUUGGACUGAUAGAAAGAAGUUUUAUGCGAGGUGCAGAGGAUUUGAUGGUAGUGUCAAGCCUUGCAAGUGGUACAUAUCUGCUAGACUGCAACCUGAUGGAAGUACUGUCAGGGUUAACCAAAUCCCCAAUCAACAUACUUGUAUUACAAGUUCACAGAGAGUAUCAACCAUGACAUCACAACUUUGGGUUGCAGAAAAGAUCACCCCAAUUUUAGCCAAAACACCAAACACUACUACCAGGAAACUCAAAGUAGACUUGGAAAAGAUGUACUCCAUUAAACUGAAAUAUACCACAGUGUGGAAGGCAAAACAAAGGGCAAUGAAAAAUUUAUAUGCUGAUUGGGAAAAUACAUUUAGGAUGCUUUACAACUUCAAAGCAGAGGUGGAAAAGAUGUCACCUGGCAGUGUUGUGGAGAUAGAUACAGAGGUAUCAGCCGAAGUUGAAGUCAAGUUCUCCAAGUUUUUUAUGGCUUUGAAGCCUUGCAUCAAUGGCUUCAAAGCAGGGUGCCGUCCAUAUUUGAGCAUAGACUCAUCAUUUUUGACUGGCAAGUGGAAUGGUCAGUUGGCAGCAUGCAAUGCUCUAGAUGGAUACAACUGGAUGUUUCCUAUUGCUGUUGGCUUGUUUCAGUCAGAAACAGAGGCUUCAUGGACAUGGUUCAUGAUCGAGUUGAAAAGAUGCCUAGGGCCAGUGCCACCUUUGGCUAUACACACAGAUGCAUGUAAGGGGCUUGAAAAUUCAGUGAAAAAUGUUUUCCCACAUGCUGAGCAGAGGGAGUGCUUCGGUCAUUUGUGGAUGAAUUUGAUCAAAAAAUUUAGAGGAAAAGAAUUUGGGCGCAUGUGGCCAGCAGCAAGAUCUUACACUAGACACACACACAAAUAUCAUCUUGAUAAGAUAAUGGCAGCAUGUGAUGAGUUUGGUCCAUGGCUGAACACCUACCAUUCUUUGUUAUGGUACAGGUCAGCAUUCAACACUGCCAUCAAGUGUGACCACAUCAACAACAAUUUGGCAGAGAGUUUCAACAACAAGGUGAAGGAGUUACAAGAUUUGCCUGUGCAUGACAUGGUUGACCAAAUCAGGAUCAUGCUCAUGCGGUUGUGGGAAUUGAGAAGAAGGAUAGGUGAUUGUUUGCAAGGUGAUAAGCUUCUAGGAGUGGUACAACAGGUGGUCAAUAGGAGCAGAUGUCUUUCACAUUUGUUUGUUGAAAAAUAUUCACCUUGGGGUGCUGAAGUUAGAGAUAACAAAACUGGAAGGAGACAUGUUGUUAACACUGAAUUGCAUGAUUGCACUUGCCUCGAGUGGCAACACACUGUCAACAUUCAGACUGAAGAAACUGAUGUGGAGGUGCACACCGGAGAAACUGAAAUUGCAGUCAACAUUCAGACUGAAGAAACUGCUCUCGAGGUUGAAACUGAACCUGAGCGUGUCGAGGUUCAGAUUGAAGAAACCCAUGUUGAGGUACACACCGAAGAAACUGAAACUGCUGUCAACAUUCAGACUGAAGACACUGAUCUCGAGGGUGUUGGCGAGGUGUUGAAAAGACUGGUGAAGAAAACCAAGAUGAUCAGUGAACUUGUGUGUGUAUUAGAACCAAAAACAAGAAGUGCUAAGGAGAAGAAGGGCACACGACGUGGUAGUAAGAGGUAG